AUGGCACUCAUGGAAGAUCCUAUCAAAAGAUAUUGGCUAAAGCAAUCCACAUAUAACACAGCUGUAGGCAUCUACGCUGCGUUGCCAUUCCUGAUGGUACCAGCCUUGUUCUUUGUCAAUGCUCCGUAUGGUAGAUUUGCAGGCAAACUGGGCGUCGAUUGGAGCUUGCCUGGCAAAUGGAGUUGGGCUUUUAUGGAGGUCAUUUCGCCCAUCAUGUUUGGUACCUCUCUUCUGUUUACUCGACCCACAGGCACCCCCUUCCAAAUCAUGCUUUCCGCUGCUUGGAUCAUCCACUACAUCAAUCGCAGUAUCAUCUAUCCACUUCGAGCCACCUCCAUGGCGCCAAUUCACAUCUUGGCAUUUCUCGCCUCCAUUGCGUUCAAUGUCUUGAAUGGCUACACAAAUGGUGUUUGGAUUGGAAGACAUAGCAAUGCGACAGAUGCUCAGUUUUGGAUUGGCAUGGCCAUUUGGCUGUCAGGCUUUGUGUCCAAUAUACACCACGACAACAUUUUGUUCCAAUUGCGAAAGAUCAAGAAAGACGACGGCAACAAGCGAUACUUUAUCCCUCAUGGCGGCUUGUUCGAGUACAUUAGUUGUCCCAACUACUUUUCAGAGACCAUGGAAUGUCUCCACAGCAGCCAACUUGUUUCCAAGAGCAUGGCGUACACAUCAAUGGUAUAA